AAAAACUUUUUAUUGUCCAACAUCAUCAUCACCGAGAUGAAUUUUUUUGCGUUUGGAAAUCAUCAAUGUUUUUUGAUGGCCACAACAACAUAAACAUCUAUAGAUAUAGAUAUUUAUUUCAUCAUAAAGACAUUGGUGUGAUUGCAUUUGCUACUGUUGUUUAUUGUGCCCAAAUUUGUGCAUUAAAUCGAAAUUUUAUCCUUCCAAUGUUCUCGAAUGUCAUAUUCCAUAUUUGGCAUGUGUUAACUGACUUUUGUGUGUGGUGGUUAGUCUUUUCUCCGAUAUUCAGAAUGAAGGAAAUGCAAUUGGCGUAUAUUAUUGACAGAUUUAUUUCAAAUUUUCUUUUCCUUCCCCACAUAAGGAUUCAUGGUCGAAUUUUGAAACCAAAAAAAAAACUUGGAAAUACUUGUCCUCCCUCAAAUCAUUGAACACAAACACAAAAAAAAUGAAUAAAAACACCUCCAUUAUGGCCUCGGUCAUUUUUCUCAUCUUCCGAAAGAAAUGUGUUGAUUCUUCUCUAUCAUGUUGAGGAUUGUUUGUGUAUGCAUCCAUAAUCGGUUUGUGCACCUGCCCAAAUCAUCAAAUCGAUGUUUUUGUGUGUGCCUAAACAGCCUACCUGUUUAUUUAUUUGUUUAUUUUUGGCUUGUUCAUUCGAAUUCACUGCAUUCACUGGUGGACACAGCCAUUCAUUUUGUCAUUUUAUGUUCACACGAAUAAUGGUGGUUGUGGUUGAAUAAAAUAAUUCUGAAAAAGAUCAUGUUUGUGGUUUGUGUGUGCUGAAAAACAAUACAACGACAUUGCAUAAUAAACAUGUCAGCCAAUAAAUCAACAUCGACCAUUGUUAUCAAUGACCGUUCCAUAUCACCACGUGAACGUAUCAUUCCAAUCAGGGUUGAAGAUCAACGACAAAGUAAUGACGAUAGUGAUGAUAAUAUUCAACGUGAAUCUUUCCAUCGAAAUCAUGACGAUGAUCUAAAAAGAAAGAAUGUUAAAGUGAUAAAAGUAUCACAAGGUACUCAACCAGAUGACGAUGAGGAUCACAGAGAUUAUGCUGUACGAAUAACUGAUGAUCGACGCCAAACUAAACCCAUUGAUCCAAAUAGAUCAUCAUCAAUGAAAAAGACAAAAUUACCCGAUACUAGCUCAAGUUCAGACUCAAGUUCCGAUUCGGACAAUGAUGAUGACCAUAAACGACGACAAAAAUCAACAAAAGGCCCAGAAGGUUCAACAGGACAACAACAACCUGAAGCAAGUUUUAAGAAACAAAGUGGUCGUUCAAAAAUUCGCGCCAGCGGUGAUAUCAACAACAAUCUAGCCAUUACAACACAACCAGGGAAAUCAAUACUUAAGGCAUCAUCACCACCACCGAUCGCUUCAUCGACACCGAUACCGCCGGAAAGACCAAUUUCUCCGUCGAAUGUUAUAAGAAAAAAGCCAUCAACUGGUUCCCGUUGUAAAUCAUGGUUAUGUUCACCAUUUGCAUUAUGCUGUGCUUGUGCGCCAUUCGAAUGUGAAUGCUGUAAUUGUUGUUAUUGGAAAUGUUACCGUUGUCAACAAUGUUUUUGUCAAUGUUGUAAUCAAAAAUGUUGCUAAAUUCCAUAUUGGUCAAGCAGGAUUUUGAGAUAAGAUUUUUCAUUCCAUUUGAUUUGAUCUAAUGUAAUCAAUCUUGAAUGUUCGCGGUCACCUUGCAAUACUCACACACACACACACACAUAUGAUGUAUUUUGUGUUUAUACACACCGAUCGAUCAAAGAAUAAUAAAAAGAAAUAAACAAAAUUUGUCCAUUCA